GCUAAGAAUAUUUGGAAUAUGUAGAAACUCUGAUAAUAGAAGAUGGCAAGCAAGAUUAGGGAAAGGUAAAGGGAUCAAAGGCAUUUAUCUGGGAACAUUUGAUUCUGAGGUGGAAGCUGCGAGAGCUUAUGAUGUAGCAGUGAUAAGGAUGAAAGGAAUGAAAGCUGUUACAAAUUUUGAUCUGAACCAUUAUGAUAUCCAAAGCAUUCUUGAAAGUUCAAAGUUACCCAUUGGCAAAGGUGCUUCCAAAUUGUUGAAGAAAGCUUCAGUGAAUGAUCUUCUUCAGAAGAAAAAGAACAAUGGCAAACAUCCAAUUUUGCAGCUUCACAUUCUUGAUAGCUCAGAUACCUGUAACGAUCCAAAUCCACUACUCCAAUAUUCACUGGAACAAAUCCCAAACCACAACAACAACAACAACACAAAUAGCUCCUCCAUUCUAAACCCAGAGGUUGGAAAUUACUUUAAUCCCUCAAAUGGAAAUGUUUCCAAUUUUGGAAUUGGGUUGCAAAAUAAUGGUUCUGAGAUUCCUGGCAAGAAUUACACUGAUCAUGGAUUGCAGAGAGGUGUGAACCAACAGAUUCAGCCAAUAUCAGAGACAGAGGGAUUUCAAUUCUAUGGUAACCAGCCCCAAUACCAAAACCCUAAUUUUCCCCUUGUUUUUUCUGGCUAUCAAAAUCCUUGCUUUCAAACAAAUCACCCUAGUUUCCUUCAGCUGUUAAAUGGGGUCGGUGGAAAUGGUUCGAUGAGCAAUGCUGCUAACUUAAGCGGCAAUAUCAAUGGAGGGUCUUCAAUGUCUCAAGCAUACCCUUCUUCUGUGCAUGAUGGGUUGGCCUUCAAUGUUCAAAAUGGGAUACAGAGAAGUGAGAAUCUUCCAAACAGUGUGGUAUUCAAUGGAGGUUCUGGGAUGAUGGAGACCAAUGAGAAUUCUAAUGCAGACAAGAGUAAAGAUGUUCGAACCAAUGGAGGUCAACUUGGUAUAGAGAGAAGCUACAAAUUGGACUCUGAUAUUCUUCCUAGCUGGUUGGAAAUUUUCUUAAAGAACUCUGGCACUUCUGCUUCUAAUGCAUGAGACUGUCUGACAUACUACAAUUGAAUUCCAAUGUAAAGUUUUCAAGUCUGAUGAGGUUGAGUUGGGACAGAUUGUUUUGCCAUAUCAUUUUACUAAAAUAGAAUCAUUUAAGAUAAUGCAUAUAUAUAUAUAUAUAUAUAUAUAUAGAGAGAGAGAGAGAGAGA